AGUACGAACCAUUCAAGAACUUCCUAAUGUGUUUGUCCCCAAAUGAAUACUUGGAUUUAAAAGAUGAUGUGAUCGAAGAUAUACUUCCUUUGGCAAAUGAAUACCAAGCCAUUUCUAUUCUCAAAACCUGUGAAGCAUGGCUGCUUAAAGAGAUUGACCUCAAAGAAGCAAAAAGUAAGACUAUGAUCAGUGAUUUGGAAUUUCUACUCAAAUUUUAUUACUAUAGUGGUGAAUACAACCUGCCAAAUCUUCAUGAACGAACUCUCGCAUGUUUAGUGCCAUUUACCUUGUCUUCAUGUAAACAAAUAGAAAAGUAUUAUAGACGACUGACAGACAGAGACAAAUUAGAGCUAUUUGAGGCCAGAAUCGAAAAACUUGACUCUUUACACUACGGUUCAACCAGCUGCCAUUCCAAAUACUCGCAUUUUUUGCAACACCCCUCUACUGCCGCUGUAAAGACAAUUUAUGACCCCCCUGGAAUAAUGCCCGGGGGUCUUUAUUUGCCGUCGAUACCACCUCUUCACUGAAUCUAUCUCCAAUAUUCUGUAAACACUUGAAAAAGUAUUGGGUAUAAAUUAGUAAGUGAAAUACAAAAUUUAUCAUAUAACAUAUUCCGUUGG